GUUCGAUUUGCCCCGAAACCUCAGAGAACCAAGACCGAUAAUCGGGGAGAGCGCCGUCAACAUCAGCCGACACAACAGGUGUAAAUAGCCUGGAGGAUGGUACAGACUUUAGAGCUAUGUUAACAGAAAAAUAAAUGGUAUGGCAGUCCAUCCAGAAAACAACUUCACCGUAGUCGACUGGGCGAUCUUCUCGGGGCUUCUCAUCUUUUCAGCAUGCAUCGGUGUUUACUAUGCACUGGCAGGAGGCAAGCAGAAGACCACCAAGGAGUUCCUCAUGGCAAAUCACAACCUGAAAAUAGUUCCUGUAGCCACAUCUAUUCUCGUAUCCUUCCUGUCGGCCAUUUUGAUCCUGGGGGCACCUGCUGAGAUGUAUUUUAAGGGGACACAGUACUAUCUGUACAUGUUCGGUCAAAUGACGGCGGUUGUCCUGGCAACAGUUUUGUUUGUGCCUUUAUUUUACCCAUUGAAAUUGACCAGCAUGUAUCAGUAUAUUGAACUGAGAUUCAAAUCCAGGGCUGCAAGACUCACAGCAACCGUCAUCAACAUUUUCUCCACACUGAUAUACACAGGUGUCGCAUCAUUUGCUCCAGCCACAGCCUUACAUGCAGUGACAGGAUUUCCUGAAUGGGCCUCCUUUCUUCUGAUAGGAUUUGUGUGCACAUUUUACACAUUUAUGGGUGGUAUAAAAGCUGUGGUAUGGGUUGAUGCAUUUCAGGCCAUCAUCAUGUUUGGCACUUUGUUGACCAUAGUGAUUAAGGCUACAGUAGAAGUAGGUGGAUUUUCCAGAGUGUGGGAGCUGAAUGAAGAAUGGGGUCGUAUAAACUUCUGGAAUUUUGAUGUUGACCCCACGGUCCGACACACUUUCUGGGCCCUGACAUUUGGAGGGAUGAUAAAUUGGGUCGGGACGUUCGGAGCAAGUCAACAAAGCAUUCAGAGGUUCAGCGCCCUGCCUUCCCUGAGGGAGGCAAAGAUAGCAGUGUUGCUGAACUGUGUGGGGCUGUUUCUAAUGGUGUCGACAGCCUGUCUAGCGGGGAUUGCUGUGUUUGCAUUUUACGCAAUGAAGGGAUGUGAUCCAUCCAGCAAUGGGGAAAUCAAAAAUCCAAACCAGAUCAUCCCCUUGUUUGUGAUAGAGAUGCUUCAUUACCCCGGAGUGCCUGGUCUAUUUAUAGCGGGGCUUUUCAGUGGAGCAUUAAGUUCGGUGUCGUCCAACCUGAGCUCUCUAGUGGCCACGUCCUGGGAAGACAUCAUUAAACCUCACGUGAAGAACAAGUCGGAGAUCACUCACGCCUGGAUAACCAGAAUGUUAGUGAUACUGUUUGGAAUUGUGGGAGUUGGGGUCUCAUUUGCAGUCAGGAAGCUCGGGGGAACCGUGCUGCAGGUUUCCCUGAGUUUUAUGGGGGCAGCCAGCGGAGCAUUGAAUGGGUUCGUGGUGCUUGGGGCCUUCUUUCCUUGCUGCAAUUGGAUUGGAGCUAUGGCGGGGCCGCUGGUGUCGUACGCUGUUAUGAUGUGGAUCGGGAUCGGGAAGUACACCGUGAUCGGAGUGAAAGAAGAACUGCAGUUUCCUACACAGAAUUGUUCUAGUGACCUUAACCUUACGACCCCUGUGACCUUAGUGAAUCUGGGCAUCCACAAUUACUCAGUCCCACAUACCUACCCGUCUGUGAUAUUAACCAAUUUUUCUACUGUCAUGACAACACACAUUCCCAAUGAAGGAGAAGAAGAGUCGGCCCUGCGUGGUCUAUACUCCUUGUCCUACCUGUGGUACUCCACACUGGGGCUGAUUAUAGCAGUGUCCGUGGGUCUCGUGGUCAGUGCUAUUACAGGUCCGAUGAAGGUGGAGGAGGUGGAUACCCGGUACCUGAUACCUGUGUGUGACAUACUCUGUUGUUAUCUCCCCAAAUCCUGUAGGGAGUAUUUCUACUGUGGAGCAAAAUAUGACGAGGAAACAACAGUGAGCAGACAUGACAGGGACCUGAAUUCUAGAAGUAAACUGGUGUCGGGGGAGAAGAUAGACAUUGGUGAUGGGAACCAGUUAAGUGCCAGAUCCGAUAUCCAUCUGAUGUCUAUGAAGCCGUUAUCAGAUUCUUGAAGUCGACUAGAAAAUGGCCGUAUUAUCCGCCUUGCCAUGAAGUUGUGCUCAUAGCUUUGACCAUUCCAUCUUCUGUUUGACACUAAUACUUUUAAAACUUGCGACUUUUUUUUCAUUUUCUCGUUCAAAGAUUUUUAUAGUUGUAAGCAUUCUACACAAAGUGCUACAUUUACGACAAUCAUUUUUUCCAUAAUUUACUGACUAUUUAUCAUGGUGUGUACUUCAUUACAGCAUUGCGUGAGUUUCUGUGUAUUUUACAUGACAAGUGUCGUUUUAUGUGAAAAAGUUAACCUUUUUUUGGUUUCUGUCAGAAUUUUAAGCUUUAAUGGUUAAUUCGCCUUGCCAGGCCUGUGGUCAGGGGAGAGUUUAGGAGUAGAUUUUUGGAUAUACUAGAUAUCGUAUUUUAUCAUCCACUGUUUUUUAUUAUCCAUUGUAUUUUAUUAUCCACUGUUUUGUAUUAUCCAUUGUUUUAUUAUCUUGACCAGUGGAUUUGGAUCUGAAUGAUGGAAUGCUGGAUAUUUUAUUAUCCAAUAGAUUUGGAAAUACUGGGUAUUGCAUUUUAUUAUCCACUAGAUUUGGAUAUUGUAUUUUAUUAUCCAGUCAGUUUGGAUAUGGAUGGUUGGAUUCUGGAUAUUGGAUUAUCUAGUUGUCUAUUAGUAGAGUAAUUAUUUCAUGAUUUUCUCGUUCCUUUUUAAUUUCUAUUAGCAUGUAAUCGUUAAGCUAUUGACCAGUCAAUCGUUUUCACUGUCUCAUUGCACUGCAUCUUAAUUUUGCUACAAAUGCACUGUAUCGAAGUAACUGCAUGUAUACCCUUAUAAACUACUUUAAUAUAUAACAUUGUGGUCCUUUUAAUUGCGGAUACAUGCAAGUAGAUAAAUUAAUCAGAUCAUGUGUCUUUGGGAAACAGUCAAAACUAUUGUCUCUUGGUGGUGUGGAAGACCUUUUGAACUAUUGGCCUCGGCCAUAGGCCUCAGGCAAUAGUACACAUAGGUCCUCCACACCACCACUGGGACAAUAGUUUCGACUGUUUCCCAAAGAUACAUGUAAUAGUCGUAUGAUUGAUUUUAGUUGCUUGGCAUCAGAGUUUGGGAAUGGGAAUAUUAUGUUAAUUUGAAGAGACAUACAUGUAUCUCAGAAAAAGAUUGUAAGAUUACAACACAAUUUCAGAGGUGUGAUUUUUCCUCUUUUCAGAGGAAAUCCUCUUGAUUUGCUCAAUUUUCGAAAAAGCGAAACACAUUGGAUUUGAUGUAAAGUGGCAGAAAGUGAUAUUUUUCCAGGUAGGGUGGGGUGUUUUCCUCCCUUAUUGACCAGAUUUCCUCUGAUUUCUGAGGAAUUCAGUCACAUCCCUGCAGAUUACAAGAGUUAGAUGUGAUGCUGUUCAUUGAGUGUGUUAUAAUCAUAGACUGUACUAUGAUAACAAGAUAUACAUGUAAGGGUGUUUCAUACCGAGUGUUAAGUCGUUCUUGGCACACUGAUUUUGACUGCAGAUAACUCCGUUUACCUGAUCAUGAUAUAGAACUUGCGGCUGAUGUGACCGGUCGACGGGAUGCUUACUCCUCCUAGGCACCUGAUCCCACCUCUGGUGUGUCCAGGGGUCCGUGUUUGCCCAACUCUCUAUUUUGUAUUGCUUGUAGGAGUUAUGAGAUUGAUCACUGUUCGUUAUCUUCACCUUUCAUGUAAGGUUUAUAUAGAUGUUUUGGAGUAAAAUAGUGAUAAAAUUAUACUCGGCUUGUGAAAUAUGAAGUACCAGUAUUAUAUUGGAGCAGAAACAUACAAGUUAGACUGUUAAGAUUUUUUUAUAUUAAGUGAUUUGAUGUCAAACAAAUAUAGACAGAAUGGAAAUCUUUUGUUUUGAAAUAUUAUGUUUCUCGGCUGUUCACUGUCCUGCACUGUGUAAUUUUAGAAUGAUAUUAGGCAUUCAGCGUCCACAGACCACUACCUAGGUUCUUUGAUCUCAUUUGGUUUGCAGCUGAGAAGAUCUCGUCCACAUAUUUGUCAAUCAUUUUUAUGUUGAAAUUCUUGACUGUAAAAGUGGGGAUUUUUAGAAUGACCUUUUUUUCUCUCGAAAAAUAUGACCAAACUUUUAUUUUCAGCUCACCUGAGUUGAAACUUCAAGCGAGCUAUUCUGAUCACUGGUUGUCCAUCAUUGUCUGUCUGUCUCUCCGUCUGUAAACUUUUCCCAUUUUCAUUUUCUUCUCCAGAACCAAUGAGCCAAUUUCAAUCAAACUUGGUACACAUUACCCAUGGGUGAAGGGGAUUCAAGUUUGUACAAUGGAAAUCUUUAAAAAUCUUCUCAAGAACCACUGGGCCAGAAAGGUUGAAACUUACAUGGAAGCUUCCUGAUAUAUAGCAGAUUCAGGUUUGUUAAAAUCAUGACCCCCGGGGGUAGAAUGGGACCACAAUAAAGGAUCAAAGUUUUACAUGCGAACAUAUUAAAAAUCAUCCUCUCAAGAACCACUAGGCCAGAAAAGUUUAAAUUUAUAUGAACAUUUUCUGACAUUUUGCAGAUUCAAGUUUGUUCAAAUUAUAUCCCCUGGGGGUAGGAUGGGGCCACAAUAGGAGAUGAAUAUGAAGGAAAAAUUUAUGGUCAAAAUUUUUCAUGGCAAUAAAGAUUGAUAUAAAAAAAAUCUGUUAAAAAUCACAACAGCUGGACAAGGGCAGAGCCAGAGUGACUCAGGUGAGCGAUGUGGCCCAUGGGCCUCUCAUUUUAUCAAGUGCUUAUAAAGCAAUACUUGUUUUGUGUCAAUUAAAUAGAUAGUAUAGCUCAUUUUGGUGAUUUUUGUUCUCCACCCCAAAUUCCUUUCUGAUAUAAUAAAGACAACCGAAUGAUAUUUAUCACGUUUGAAAUGAUAUCAUGUUCAUCAAAAGUUCCACAACAUGAAUAGCAGAUUGAUAUUAGUCCAGGAAGCGAACAUCCGGGGGGGGGGGGGGGGGGGGGGGGGGCAUAAUUUGAGGAUUGUUUUAAAAUUGAUAACAAAUGCAGAUGUUAUUAUUAACAGAUGUUGACUUGUAUGAGACAUUUUGGACUCAUUUUAAUUCUUUCUUCUUUUUUUUUUUGGAGACAAUGAACAAAACAAAAACAAAAAACAAAAAAAAAAGACCAUCACAUCACUAUCCAGUUAAAUUUGUAUUUUUGAGUGAUGUACAAUGUAAUUUUCAUUUUGUGAAGUAAUAAAGUCUGUCUUGAAUUGAGGUGAUGGUUUUGUGCCUCGAGUUUGUUUUAAAAAGUAAAUACACUGCACGGGUUCAAAUUUCAUGAUCAAAUAUUUGUGUCGAGCAUUAGAUUGAAGCGCUAGCUAGUUUAAAAUGGAGUGGUGGUCAUAAAGUAUGUUUGCUUUUUUUUUUCGAAAAGAUGCAAUAUAAAAAUACCUUAGGUAAAGAUGCAACGUCAAUAUAUGUUACUUUAGCGUGUGAUGUCAAUAUAUGUUACUUUAGCGUGUGAUAUCAAUAUAUGUUACUUUAGCGUGUGAUGUCAAUAUAUGUUACUUUAGCGUGUAAUAUCAAUAUAUGUUACUUUAGCCUGUGAUGUCAAUAUAUGUGACUUUAGCGUGUGAUAUCAAUAUAUGUUACUGUAGCGUGUGAUAUCAAUAUAUGUUACGUAAGGAUGGGUGGACGGGCGAUAUAACUGUGCAAUGUGUUACAUGUAUUUGUACUAUAACAUCGCUUUGGGAGAAGAGAGGAAUAAAAAUUCUGUUUUA